CUUUCCCUUCUUUCUUGAGACUAUACACAUUGAUCACUGUCGCUACAAGUAUCUACAAUCGCUGGCAUAGUAUAUCUACAGCUCACAAAGGCGCACAUAGAUGAUGAUGGCUUCUUUACCUUCUCCUCCUCCGUCUCCUUCAACGACAACGUUCAAGAAACACCAUCGUCGAAGUGAUAGUUUUGCAUUAAUACAAGCUAUUAUAAAAGAACGACAAAAAGAAGAAAAUCAGCCGGAAGAGCAAAUGCUUAAAUCGAAAUUUACAGGUUCUAGAAGGGCCUAUAAUCCAUUGUUACCCCCUCCACCGCCUACGCCCACUUUAUCCACGACUUCUUUUCAUGAUACCUCUCUUACAGCCUACAAUACUUAUUACAAUUCUACUAACCCACCGCCUCAUUACACUUUAUAUGAAAACAAUGUCUCUUUACCAUCUAUAUUAACCACGUCAACACAUCAGACGGUGACUACAGCUACAGCUACAACUACAACUACAACUACAACUAAGACGACGACGACGUCUCAUAACCAUUUACAACCACAACCACUACAACAACAGCAUUCUGUUAGAUUCGCAACUGAACCACCCAAAAUAUACCAUUACCAUUAUAACGUGUAAUUAAAAAUAUAAGUUUGCCCUGUACAUAAGAUAUAAAAAAAAAACCAACCCCCGCAACCCCCUCUUCAACUGUUUGCCCUUAUUUUUUUUUAUUUU